AUGCCCCGGAUAAACACCCGCGACAGCACCACGAGGACUUCGUUUGAGUCCAGGUCGCAAAAGGCAGGCACAGAUUCUCCAGGGUCCGGACCGGAGCGACCGCCGCACAAGAGGACGCUGUCGGGAAAUCCACGGGUGAACAGCAUGCGGUCCAACGAGGAGAGAGAGCGGCGCACCGAGAAGCACACCGUGACGACGCGCGAAACCUUGACGUCCAGGACAAGGAGCCCUGACCGGAGGCAUGGGCCGUCUAUGUCGACUGCCCCAUGGGAACCGGAAGCGACUCUUGUACCGCUCACUUCUGCACCCUUGGCCUCUCGAAUAUCAAUACCACCGCUAGCGCUGCACGCGCCUGCUUCAGUACAACCGAAAUCGCUGCCGGAACUCUCGUUAGAGGCACAAGAGGCUGCCAUACUGGAGGAUCUGUUGUUCGUGUUCAUGGGCUACGAGGGGCAAUACAUUCGUUUCGCGAAAGGCUACGACCCCCACGAGGAGAGGGACCGGCUCGCUGGCCCGACGCACCGCAUUCUGGCCGGCCUGGACCCGAGCUUGCAGGACCUUACAAUGUCCAUGUUGAAGAUGGCGACGUACUAUACUGCUCUGGAGACAUUCAUCGACGUACAGAGCCGGGAAGAGUUCGGAUCUGUGAAUCAUGCGCUGUGUGCCUCGAUCCGGAAAUUCUUGCAGGACUACCUCGUCCUCAUUGCGCAGUUGGAGACGCAGUUCCUCACAAGCGACGCCUUCACAUUGCACGUUCUUAAUAUCCACAUCCUGCCGACCAGCCAUAUGAUGUUCCAACUCUACUCCCUGGCGCAUGAGCUCCUGAAGAGGAAUGCGCUGUUGGACGAGGAAACGGACGAGUCUAGUGAUAGUGCGGACGAUUUCGACCAGAUCCUGGAGCAGCUAAGGGAUGGCGGAGACCUCAUGCCAGGGAACAUGACGGGCAAGAAAAUAUGCAAAGGAGGCGUGGUGCUUGGCCUCAUCACCAAGAGAUUAGAAACCAUGUCUGGAGACCCAGCCGCCAGGGCACUCCUUACAAAUCUGCUCAGAGAUUCAAGCAAGCCGUACAUGGUCAUGCUGAAUGAGUGGCUCCAUCAUGGCAGUAUCAACGACCCGCAUGGCGAAUUCCUGAUCAAGGAGCAGAAAAGCCUGCGCCGGGAGAGGCUAGAACAAGACUACACGGACGAGUACUGGGAGAGACGUUACACAAUCAGAGAAAAGGAGAUCCCACCGCAGCUGGAGGCCGUCAAGGAGAAGGUGCUCCUCGCUGGCAAGUAUCUCAACGUUGUCCGGGAAUGUGGAGGUGUGGACGUCAGCAGCGACGUAAAGGACAAGCCAAAAUCCUUUGACGACAACCGAUUUCUGGAGAACGUCAACAAUGCAUAUUCGCACGCGAACGAGUCUUUGAUGCAACUGUUGCUGACGACCCACGCCCUGCCGGAUCGUCUGCGGUCCCUGAAGCACUACUUCUUCCUCGACCCAUCGGACUACUUCACUUACUUCUUGGAACUUAGCGUCUCGGAACUUCGAAAACCGACACAGGUUGUCAACAUCGCCAAGCUGCAGUCACUAUUGGAUUUGGUCCUGCGGCAACCAGGGAGCAUCGUGGCAUUAGAUCCCUUCAAAGAGGACGUCAAAGUGCAAAUGAACGAGAUUACCCUCAUCAAGUCCCUCCAACGGGUCGUUAACAUCACUGGCAUUGAGGAGGGCGGGGCACUGCAACCCCUGAAGGACCAGCCACUUGAGAGUGACAAGAAGGCUAACGGCUUCACGUCUCUGCAAUUGGAUUAUGCAGUACCAUUCCCAGUGUCUCUGGUCAUCAGCCGGAAGACAAUAUGGCGGUACCAGGCUUUAUUCCGUUAUCUCCUGUCACUGCGGCACCUAGAAUCGCAAUUAUCUACGGCUUGGCAAGUGCAGACUCGUGGCUUUAUAUGGUGCCGUAGAAGCUCAAGCAAGGAAGUCGAACUUUGGAAGAAACAUGUCUCGACACUCCGGGCUCGGAUGCUGGUCUUUGUCCAGCAACUACUAUACUUUUGCACCGCGGAAGUGAUCGAGCCAAAUUGGCAGUCUCUCAUAUCUCGGCUCAAGGCCAAAGACGACGAUGCAUCCAAAGGUUUUACCCGGACUGUUGAUGAGCUGAUGCAGGACCAUGUGGAUUUCUUGGAUACCUGCUUGAAGGAGUGCAUGUUGACGAAUAGCAAGCUCCUCAGGGUUCACUCCAAGCUCAUGAACAACUGCACCAUGUUCACCGGUAGUAUCGAUUGGAUGACGAGAAACCUGGAGAGGGCCGACCCAGACCUGCAAGGGCCGACAAAGCCAAGGAAUAUGACCGACGACCAGUGGAAGCAUGUGCUGGCGAACAGGGAAAAGUGGCAGUCGGCGCACGGCGACUCGGCUAAGAGCCCCGAGGCCCUGCUGGCCGUGAUGAUGGAGACGAUUAAGGCGUGGGAAUUCAACUUCGGCAGGCAUCUCAAGAUCCUCCUCGACGCGCUGAACCACUAUGCAGCGACGGAGACGGUGGUGCUACUCAGUCUCUGUGCGAGGCUGAGCGCUGCAAACCAAGGCACGGAACACGUCGGGUUCAGGAACGAGGAUGAGUCUACUCUUUGA